UCAAAUACACAUCACACACCAGACACACAACUCACCUUAAAGACACAACACAGAUACAAGCACAUGGGAACUCAGUCAAUUACAGAUGUGAAGCCCCGUCCACAGAGAUCCCCACCCAGUGCCACAUGAGGGCUCCGGCAGGAGUCACAGACAGGCCACACAGGCCUUGCAGGCUCAGCAUACAGGACUGCAGGGACACAGGACUCCCAGGCACAAGAGCAGAAACCCAAGCAGGCGCGUUCAGCUGCACACAGGAAACAGACACACCCAGAUGCACACAGACAAACACGUAGUCAGAGAAUGAGGACACAUGAGAUGUGCCUUGGGCACACAACACAGCAGCCACGGCCUUGCAUGCACACACGCACAAAGACACACACGUACAUAGACACAUGGGACAUCUCGGGCCCACAACACAGACAAGCCCCUUCAAAUAGGAAAUAAAGCCUCAGUGACAGCCAGUUCUUCCCUGGAGCCCACUUGCCUCUUGGAGUCCCCACUGACUGGCUUGUGCCUUCCCCAGGAUGGACACGUGGCCGGCGCUGCUCAUCCUGCAAGCCUUGCUGCUACUCCCCAUGGCUGACACUGCUGCCCCUGUCCUGCGCUUUGUGGCUGUGGGUGACUGGGGAGGUGUCCCCAACGCCCCGUUCCACACGGCUCGGGAAAUGGCCAAUGCCAAGGAGAUCGCUAGGACUGUGCAGAUCCUGGGAGCAGACUUCAUCCUGUCCCUGGGGGACAACUUUUACUUCACUGGCGUGCAGGAUGCCAAUGACAAGAGGUUCCAGGAGACCUUUGAGGACGUGUUCUCUGACCGCUCUCUUCGCAAUGUGCCCUGGUACGUGCUGGCCGGAAACCACGACCACCUCGGCAAUGUCUCGGCACAGAUCGCCUACUCCAAGAUCUCCAAGCGCUGGAACUUCCCCAGUCCCUUUUACCGCCUGCGCUUCAAGAUCCCACGCACCAAUGUGUCUGUGGCCAUCUUCAUGCUGGACACGGUGACGAUAUGUGGCAACUCGGACGACUUCCUCAGCCAGCAGCCCGAGAGGCCCCGAGACCUGGAUCUGGCCCGCACACAGCUGUCCUGGCUCAAGAAACAGCUGGCAGCGGCCAAGGAGGACUAUGUGCUGGUGGCCGGCCACUACCCCGUGUGGUCCAUAGCCGAACACGGGCCCACCCGCUGCCUGGUCAAGCAACUUCGGCCACUGCUGUCCACAUACAGGGUCACUGCCUACCUGUGUGGUCAUGAUCACAAUCUGCAGUACCUGCAGGAUGAGAACGGUGUGGGCUACGUGCUGAGCGGGGCUGGGAACUUCAUGGACCCCUCGACACGGCAUCAGCGCAAGGUCCCCAACGGCUACCUGCGUUUCCACUAUGGGGCUGAGGACUCGCUGGGUGGCUUUGCCUACGUGGAGAUGACCCCUAAAGAGAUGAGCGUCACUUACAUCGAGGCCUCGGGCAAGUCCCUGUUCAAGACCAGCCUACCCAGACGACCCAGGCCCUGAACCCCCAUGAGAGCCUGGCUCUGAGGCCUGAGGCAGAGGGGGCUCCCCGUUGCUGGGUGGGUGGGCCCCAUGGGGACCUUGGGGCAGGCUUUGUCUUGGGUCUGUAGCACUGCAGCAAAGCACUGUGGCACCACAUGGUCCCUGUGGCACAGAUGCCCACAUUUGUGAAACAGGCAUGGACAUGUGUCCCAGUUACAGCGUCACACCUGUGGCUGUAGCUCACCUCGGCUGAGUUUUGGGGACUGGGGGGCAGGGAGGGAAAGCUGCCUCCUGAAUUAAGCAUCUGUCACUGACAUUCAAUAAAAGAAUAGUUGUCAAGGUUGA